UUAGUUUUUCUAUUCCAGACAUUCAGAAAAUGAAUCUGGUGUCUCUGCUUCUCACUUUAGGACUCACAGGUGUAUGCCUGGGUUAUGUGUAUGAGGAGGAUUUGUUGUACGACAGUUUUCCAGAAGGUUUCCUCUGGGGUACAGCUACAGCAGCGUACCAGAUAGAAGGAGGUUGGAAUGAGGAUGGAAAGGGAGAAAGUAUAUGGGAUGUUUUUACUAGAAUUGAAGGAAAUAUUAUUGACGGUUCCUCUGGGGAGGUGGCAUGUGAUAGCUAUCACAAAUAUAAGGAGGAUGUGGCCCUUAUGAAAAGUAUGAACAUGACAUCUUAUAGAUUCUCGGUGUCCUGGAGUCGUAUUAUACCUAGAGGAGUGGGUACUGUUAACCAGGCUGGAGUACAGUACUACAAAAACCUCAUCAGUGAGUUGAAAUCCGCUGGUAUAAUUCCCGCUAUCACACUCUAUCAUUGGGAUCUUCCUCAAGCUUUACAAUUGCAAGGAGGUUGGUUGAACAGUAGCGUGGCAGACUGGUUCGAGGAUUACGCCCGGGUCGUCUUCGCUGAAUUUGGAAAUGAUGUCAAGUUGUUUAUCACACUAAAUGAGCCAAAAGAAACAUCAAUUCAAGGACACGGAACAGGCACAAUGGCCCCUGGGUUUAAGGGUAUAGGAGAUCUUACAUAUAUAGCAGCUCAUAAUCAGAUCAGAGCUCAUGCGCGUGCAUAUAGACUCUAUCAGGCUGAGUUUGCCGCAAGCCAGGGGGGUAAAGUUGGAAUAACUCUAAAUACAAACUGGGGAGAACCAGAAGAACCAAACAACCCUGCUCAUCAAGAAGCAUCAGAUACGUUUAUGCAGUUUAAUUUUGGUUGGUACGGACAUGCAAUAUUCAAGGAUGGUAAAUAUCCUGAAGUUAUGAGAAGGAAUAUUGAUAGAAACAGUCAACUACAAGGAUUAAAUAUAUCCAGGCUACCGGAGUUUACACCUGAGGAAAGUGCAAUGAUUGCUGGCUCUACAGAUUUUAUUGGAUUAAACUUCUACACUUCAAAUAUUGUAUACCCUGGUGAGGAGGAUAUUAGUACUCCGUCCUAUUUUACUGAUGACGGAGUUAAGGAUUAUCAGGACUCAACCUGGUAUGGAGCUGGUUCAGUCUGGCUCAAGGUAACACCCUGGGGUAUCAGAUCUGCACUAAAUUGGAUAACUGAGGAGUACGGCGGCACCAAGGAUAUCUAUAUUACUGAGAACGGAUUUAGUGAUCUUCAAGGCAAUGUAGAUGAUCUAAUGAGACUCUACUAUUAUAAGCAUUAUCUAAACCAAGUCCUGAAAGCUAUAAAGGAGGAUGAGGUGAAGGUUGCCGGCUACUAUGCCUGGUCCCUCAUGGAUAACUUUGAAUGGGCUAUGGGAUAUACAGAGAAAUUUGGACUUCACUCAGUAGACUUUACCAGUCCUAACAGGUACUUAUUCACUCAGUAGACUUUACCAGUCCUAACAGGUACUUAUUCACUCAGUAGAUUUUACCAGUCCUAACAGGUACUUAUUCACUCAGUA